AUGGCAACUAGAGAUGAUAUGGUUGAAUUUACAAUUAAAAGUAAUGUAGUAACAAGUGAAGCUAUACGACGUUUUAAACGAUCAAUACAUAUAGGAGAAUUAAAAAAUCAAUUGGAAUUAAUUACAGGUGCACAAAGUCAAUCAAUGAAAAUUCAUGUUCAUGAUGAACGUGGUACAAAAUUAUUUGAUCUUGAUGAUGAUACACGUACAUUAGGUUCAUAUAAUGUUCAAUCAAAAAUGGUCUUACAAGUUGAAGAAACAAAUUUAAAACAAACACAUAUGUUCGAUGAAACAGGAGAUGUACCUAAAUAUGAAUUAACGAGUGAAGAAUAUGCAUCUCGAAAGAAUACAGCUAGACAAUUUUUGCAAGAACAUAAAAUAGGAAAAUAUAAUCCAACAGCACAAGAAGAACAUGCUAAAAAAGAACAAGAAAAAGAAAAACACGAACAAGAAUUAGCAAAUAAAAUUAAUGUUAAUGAUCGAUGUGAAGUUACUGUUCCAACACAACCAACGAAACGAGGAACUGUUAUGUUCAAAGGUGAAGUACAUUUUAAACCAGGCGUAUGGGUUGGUAUCCGUUAUGAUGAACCAUUAGGCAAAAAUAAUGGCUCUGUUGAAGGAAAGAAAUAUUUUGAAUGUCCUGAUAAAUAUGGAGCAUUCGUUCGGCCAAGUGCAGUUACCGUUGGCGAUUUUCCUGAAAUUGAUUUAGAAGAAUUAUAA